AUGGAUGAUGAUGAAGAGCAUCGAUAUUAUGGUGAUUCUACUAUACUCGAACCUAUUGUUGAACAACAAGAUGAUGAGAUGACUACAUCUCCAAUGAGUAGUUCGAGUAUAGAUACAAGUUUUCUUGAAGAAGAACAACGAGCUCAUGAAGAAAUUCAACAAUUUGAAGAACUCGAAAAAGAGUUUGCUUCUAAUAAACGUGGUGUACGUGUUAAAUUUGAUGAUGAACGACUUUCACCAUCGACAAAAACAACUCUUAUUAAAACUGAACCGUAUUUUCAAGUUAAUUCAACUGAAGAUCAAGUUACCAAACAUUUUUAUCAUAAUGAAUUUCAAUCGAAAGACGAAGAUAAUAAUCAACUUUCUAAACAAAGUUCAUCAAAAACACCGAGUGAACAAGAUAGUCUUGAACAAGAAUAUAUUGGUGCAAUUAAAGAAGAAAAAGAUUCAUUACUUAAUCCAAAUGAAUUCGAUCAAAAAAAAUAUCAUAAAAAUAUUGAUCUUUCCGAUCAAAUUUCUCUUACUUCACCUAGUAAAUCUAUUCUUAAAAAGUGUCAACAGAAAGAAAAAAAAUCAAUAUCAAAAUUGAAUCAAUCUUUAAAUUCUCGUUCAUGUUCUCCUUCUUCUUUGAAUAAGAAACACACAUCUUCUACUUGUUUUGAUUCCAAUGAAAUUCAACAUCUUGCAGAAGUAACAGGCAAAGAAACAUCAUCUCAACCAUUUCCUCCUCUUCGUUCCCUUUUUGAACCAACAAUUAAUAUAUUUGAUUCAUCAAAUUCAAAUCAACUUAUGUCAAAUACAUGUCGUCCAGCUCGACUUCGAUAUUAUGUUAAACCAUAUAGAGGAGAUACUUAUAUUCCUCCUAAUAUAAAUAAACAACGAUCAAGGUCACUUUCAGAACAAAGAUUUGCACAAAAAUCAAGACCAACUGUUUGGUAUACUUUUUCAAAUCAAUAUAAUCGACCAUCAUAUGGACAAUUGAACAGAAGACAACAUGUUUCAUGGUCACCUGUUAGACAAUAUAUUCAUCAGGGACGAGAUAAAACAGUUAAAUCACCGACGAAAAAAAUGGAAUCAUUAUCAAAUAAAACUUCAUCUUUAUUAUCAACACAUUCAGCAAGUAAUCCAUGUCUUCGAAGUUGUUCGUCAAUGAUUCCUGUUUCUGUUCGUUAUCGAUCAUCACGUUUAUCUGAAAUACCACAACAUUUUCGUCAAUCUUUUCCUCCUUUAUCAAUUGAUUCCUAUGAAAGUUCUUCUAUUACUAAUUGUUCUCUAACACCAAUGACACCUAGUUCACAACAUAGUCAAUAUGAACAAAAAAAAGAUAAAAUAUUCGGAUCUUCUUUACCUGAUAUUGUACAUCAACAUAAGAAAGAACAUGAUGAUACAAUUCAACGUUAUGAUCGAUUAUUAGAAAAGAUGCGGGAAACAGACGAACAACUUCAAACAUUAUCACGAUCAUGGACAAACACUAAACAACAAAAAAUAUCUGUUUGUAAAAAUAAUUUAUUUUAUUAA